UAGAAUUUGUUGCAAUUCAUCACAAUUGUCAUCUUCAAUAGACAGUCCACUGUUGUUGAAUGCUACAUCAUCAUAUUCCUCGGGAUCAAUGUAUUUUCAAAAUUUUUGAAGCGUUCUCAUUUCUCCAGAUUUCAACAUUUUGCUUCAAAGUUGUUUCAUAAAAAUAUACUCCAAGCUUUUUAAAAAUUGUGUUACGUGGUAUUGUGAAAAUUCUGUAUAAACACAGCGUGGAGUUAGUUAAGAUACCAUAACUUCAUCCAUGUUCUGUUUUAAUAAUUGACUCACCUUAUUUUUGUCUACUGACUUCACGUUUUCUCUCAACACUUUAAAUAUUGGCUUUAUUUGUGAAAGAAAAGUUUUGUUUUUUGCAUUUGUCAAAUAUUACAUUCCUCUGUACUUUGCACAGAUAUCACAACAUUCACAAUGUGAUAUGCUUUCAACAAGGGUAUUUUUUCCAGGAAACCUGAGGAGAAUUGAUUGGCACCUGCAUUCUUGAGAUUGGAUGUACUGUUUUAUAUCAUCACUACAAUGAGUUUGAAGAAAACCAUUGUAAAACAAGUGGCAGUAACUCUGAUGACAAGUGGCUUCUUACUCUAAUGAAGCCCUGUAUGCUGAGGCGAAAUAUUAGUAUACUCUAUAAAUUUAAUUUAUUUUGAAAAUUUUAUUCCGUGAUACUGGAUUCUCGUGGACAUAUUGCUUUUUUCCUGUUUAUCUUUCAAGUGGCAGUAACUUGUUGCAUCAUCUCUUCCUGCUCUCCCACAUUCUUGCAAGUAGCUUUCAACUGACUUUGAAGGUCCAAAAUGCACAACAUGAUGAACUCCCUUGCAAUGAAUCCCCAUGCGAAAAGCUAUUGUGCAUACAAGUACCCUUGUAUUGCUCUGUUCCUUUGUCAAAUUGCAAAUAAUGUGCUGCUUGACUUAUUCGGGUGUACCUGCAUGAAUCAUUUCAACUAGCCUGUUAUCAGGUACUUGCUUUUCAGGAGCAUACAUCUCUUUCCCAAGGUUGAAUUCAAAUAUUCUCCAAAUGAUAGCUGCUUGAGAUAUUGUUUGACAAAAUAUAAGUGUUUUCGCAGUUUGCCUCUUAUACAUUUUCAAUUCCAAUAAUAUUGGUGCAAAAACUUCCUCCAGUGGCAAAUCAUUCCUAAUGUACUCCACGUUGAAUUUCAAAUUUGGUUUCAUUGGGGAUUUCUCCAAAGCAAAUGUUUUAACUGCAUCCAUCCCAACAUAGUCAUAAGAACGGAUAGUCUGGAAGCAAACAAUACCCUAUUGUUCUUUUUCGUUGUUCGCGAGUUUAUGUUGAAAAGUGCGCAACAACAACAUGAAGGUGCACACUUCAGAAAAAUGGCGGAGAAGUCAGAGGCCGCUCUAGCUUCCGAUGAUCUUGAAGAUAUAUUAUAUUUAGUUGAAGGUGGUUUUCUUGAUAAUGAUGAUGAUUUCAUAAAGGAAAUUGAAGAGAUAGCCGCUGAAGUACCUGGAGAUGAAAAAAUUGCUUUGGGUUUUAAAUGUAAUGUCUGCGAAAAGGCCUGUAGAUCUCGCCGCGGACUAACCAGGCAUUUCAAUUGAAAGCACGGAAAAUUAUAUGAUCGUGACACUGGUACUGUGUCAGGCACUGAAGGAAAUAUGCCAUCAUCUUUACCCUUGUCUCUCUCUUCUUCAACUGAUGAAAUCAGUCGCCGAAAGUUGCAUCCUCUUCAAUUAAAAGCCAUAGUUUUGAGGUGUGCCGAAAAGGUAUUUUUAGAUGAAUGUUAUCCUCCAUCUUUCCGACAGAAAUUUGCCAAAGAAGCAUUCAUUUUUACAAAUGAUGAUGCUAUAGAGUUGUGGUCUAAGUUGAGAAAUGUUAUUGAUAGUUUUAAAGGCGAUGCUGAAAAGUUUUAUUCUGGUUUUUAUUCAAUGAUACUUGAUACUGUUCUUCCGUCAAAAUUUGAUGAAGCUCCAGAUACAAAUGCACUGAUGGCUGAAGUGGCAACUCAUUUACUUAUUCAUUUGUCUGGUGAUAACCUUGCCUGUUUGGAAAUUUCUCAUAAACCAAAGUCUUUGUCAGAGAAAGAAAAUAAAAGCCUUCAAUACCUUGCUGGAUUCAUUUUGCAUAAACUGUAUUCUAAAUUCCUCUAUUCAACAAAUAAUAACUGUUUGGAUGCCAACCUUCAAAUUCAUAAAGAUGUUUGCAUGGAUCUACUGGAGCACAUGCUAACACUGUUUAUAAGAGUCAUAACUUUUUCUUUUGCCAAGGAUGUUAGAGAGAAACAUAAAGUUGCCAAACGACAGUCAAAGAAAAGAUCUCUACGUGCUGAAAAGUAGCUCUUCCAAAGAAAAGGGACAAUGAUGGCAAAACUUCUUCUAUUCUUUUUUAUUCUCUUCUUUUUUUAAUAGUGAAUUAAUUAACAAAAACUAUUGGUAGUCAAAAACAACAGUAUGUAAAAUACAAACAAAACAAUUUAAAGCAGUUCAAAGCCUGACAAUAUUUAGCAAGGCAAAUACUAAAUACAAUGUAUGUCCUUAAUAACUGAUAAUGUUCUUAUAUGUUUUUGGCUUCUCCUAAGUCAUUAUGAAUUUGUGCCAAUCAGGGCCGGUUCCAUGGGGGGGUGUGGGGGGUGUGACACCCCCCCAAGAAUUGAGUUUGGCGAUUUACUCGGUAAAGUUCGAUUUUUGGUCGGUAAAAUUAUGUUACGAAGUUUUAUAUUAAAUGCUGUGUAGUGCAUCACUGCGCAAAAAGCAAUUAAAUAUGCAUAACAUUUUGAAUAUCUAGUUUUCUUCAUUGAUGCCCUGUGCCUACAAAGACCAUGUGAUAUUUGCUGGUGUGGUCUCAUUCGGUGAGAACCUGAGAAACCAUUUGUGUUUCCUGCUUACUCUAUUGUUCCCUAUUGUUCGAAUUCCACUGAUCGAUUUUUUCAAUAAAACUAAACAUAGUGACUGACGCCACCUGUGAAGAAGGCGCGAAACCCGCGAAGCAACAUUCUCUGGUAAUCCUUUAUCUGAAUGAAGCUGAGCUGACGAACAAAAGUAGAAUUGAAAAAAAUAGUAACAGUAAUAAGUAUUACGCUACUUGAAAGGGAAACGGCAGCUUUUCAGGUAACUCAAAAACUUGCUUCAAAUAAUGAUCUUUCUGUUUUUUGAAUUUUAUUUUCUGAAGACAUAUCCAUAUAAUCAUUUGUUUUGA